AUGUUUCCACUCGAACUUUUUGAGGCCACCGUUGAAUGCCUCGCUGCCCAAGGCACUAUGGAUGACCUGCACCAAUGCGCCCUCGUCAACAAGCAACUCACCCAACUCUGCCAAAAGCAAAUUUUCCAUACGGUCAAGCUGGUUCAAAAGGAAGCAGGAUGGAUCCCACCGGAAGAGCGGGUUGGAUUGCCUCCCCAUCCUAUCGAGCGAUUUGCCAAGGUGGUACAGCAAAAACUUGCAAUUGGGGAUUACGUCCGGGUGUUGGAGAUAGAAAGCAUGCUCAAUUACAGCGUUGACGAUGGAUUUACAGUCCUUGGCCAUCUUCACCAGGUCCACACCUUCACAUUGGCCUUUGCGGAUGGACCCCGACAUGCGGAACACGCGAGACCCUGGGGUACCAUCUCUCCUGGUCUUCGAAAGAACUACUCCGAAUGGACCUGUCGCAACAACAUAUUGAGCCGACUUCCUUCCUCGUCCCUGAAGACACUCCGAAGUAUCACCCUGAUGCUCGAUACAUGGGAAACGCCAGAGUUCCCAGUCUAUGGCAAGUUUGCUCACGAACUGGCUCUGAUACAGGGAGAAAACGUUCUGGAGGAGUUGGAUCUCUUCCUGGUUGUUCAAAUCGACUGCGACCUGAACCUGGACCCGGUACAGUGGCAGGAACUUGACCAUCUACUUUCGAUGGGUUUUCCUUAUCUCCGCAAGUUGGCAAUCCGUGUGGAAAUGACCAUUUUCAAUAUUCCCUCACCGCUCGAAUACGCUGCGGACAGGCAGAUGCAAUUGGAGAAAAUCCUCACUGAAUGCUUCGAUUGGUCGAAGGAGCACCUAGAAUUCACGAAGAGCGCGAAUUGUUGGGUCAUCUGA